AUGAUCUCCGCUCGCGCCGCCACCGUCGCCGCCGCGUCCCCCGCCUCCCCGUGGAAGCGGGGAGGACGGAGCGAGGGCGGCGGCAGCUGCGACGGAUGCAGCACCUACAGGAAGACCGUGCGGAGGAGGGCCGCGGCCGCGAAGGUGCGCGCCUUGCCGCCGAAGCGGGUGGAGGCGGUUGCGAUAGGCUCCGCCGCGGAGACGGAGACGGAGGAGGUGGUGGUGGAGGUGGCGGCGGCCACCGAGGAGCUGCCCGUCAUGCCCUGGGCCACCUCCGUCGCAAGCGGUUACACCCUUUUGAGGGAUCCACAUCACAACAAGGGUCUUGCUUUCACGGAGAAGGAGAGGGAUGCACUCUACUUGCGUGGACUGCUUCCUCCGGCAGUUGUAUCUCAGGAACUCCAAAUUAAGAAGUUCAUGAACAACCUGCGGCAGUACCAGCUCCCUAUUCAGUGCUAUAUGGCCAUGAUGAACCUUCAGGAGACGGACGAGAGGCUUUUCUACAAGCUUUUGAUUGAAAAUGUGGUGGAGCUGCUUCCUUAUGUUUACACACCAACUGUAGGUGAGGCCUGCCAGAAGUAUGGGUCCAUCUUUGGACGACCACAGGGUCUGUAUGUCAGCCUGAAGGACAAGGGUAGGGUCCUAGAAGUUCUAAGGAACUGGCCACAUAGGAACGUUCAAUGUUUACCUAUCACAAUUGAUGUUGGCACAAACAAUGAGAAAUUGCUUAAUGAUGAGUUCUACAUUGGACUCCGGCAAAAACGUGCAAGGGGCGAGGAGUAUGAUGAGCUUAUUGAAGAGUUCAUGGCUGCUGUUAAGACAUUCUACGGUGAGAAAGUCCUCAUUCAGUUUGAGGACUUUGCCAAUCAUAAUGCCUUUGAUUUGCUUGAAAAAUAUAGCAAGAGCCAUCUUGUUUUCAAUGAUGAUAUCCAGGCUGGAACUGGUAUUGCAGAACUCAUCGCUCUUGAGAUGUCGAAACAGACAAAGGCCCCAAUUGAAGAGUGCCGCAAGAAGGUUUGGCUGGUGGACUCAAAGGGUUUGAUUGUUGACUCUCGUAAAAACUCCCUUGCGCCAUUCAAAAAACCUUGGGCACAUGAGCAUGAGCCCUUGACAACCUUGUAUGACGCUGUUCAGUCCAUCAAACCUACAGUUCUGAUUGGGACAUCUGGAGUUGGAAGAACAUUCACAAAAGAAAUUGUUGAGGCCAUGGCUUCCAUCAAUGAGAGGCCUAUCAUCUUUUCACUGUCAAAUCCAACCUCACAUUCUGAAUGUACUGCUGAACAAGCAUAUACCUGGACUCAGGGUCGUGCAGUUUUUGCCAGUGGCAGUCCAUUUGCCCCUGUGGAGUAUGAUGGGAAGACUUUUGUACCUGGGCAGUCGAACAAUGCCUACAUUUUCCCUGGACUCGGCCUCGGUCUUGUUAUUUCUGGAGCCGUCCGUGUCCACGAGGACAUGCUUCUUGCCGCCUCGGCUGCACUAGCUGAUCAGGCCACAGAGGAGAACUUUGUCACGGGAUCGAUCUUCCCACCCUUCACCAACAUUAGAAAGAUCUCUGCGUACAUUGCUGCAGCCGUGGCUGCAAAAGCUUACGAACUCGGUUUGGCGACCCGUGUGCCUCCCCCCAAAGACCUGGUGGCAUAUGCAGAGAGCUGCAUGUACUCUCCUGUCUACCGUAACUACCAGUAG